AAUCCGCCACUGUCCACCACCUUAUCAGCCGCAUUAAUACUCCGCAACGCAACUCCCAUCCACCCCCAUUCAAUGCUUCUCUCUACUAAUAUCUCUGCUAGGCAUUACCACAAACAACUUGUGAGCACACUAGAACCCAACCCCAUGGCUCCCUUUCGCAUCCCCCUCUUCUCCCUCCUCCUCCUUCUCCUACUCUUCUUCGCCGCCGCGAGAGCGAGCGACGCACCAUCAAUCGACCAGAACUGCGCAACGGAGGCUUCGAAGCUGACGGAUUGUUUGGGAUAUGCGAGCGGACAGGAGGCGGCGCCGACAGGGAAGUGCUGCGGAUCGGUGACGGAGAUGAGGGGUGAGGAUCCGGCUUGCCUUUGUCUUGUUAUUCGACAGGCUCACGCCGGUGGUGGCGGGUUUUCAGCUUUUCAUCUCCGGCUGGAUCGUCUUCUUACUCUUCCUAGGGCUUGUGCUCUUGCUAACGCCAGCGUCAGCUAUUGCCCUAAGCUUCUGAAUUUACCUCCCAAUUCACCGGACAUUGCGAUCUUCACCAAUGCUUCUUAUGCAAACUCCUCAACCGCUACAUCUGCAAAUACUGAAUCUCCUUCAGAAGCUGCCAUGAAACUGAGUUCUACUGUUUUUCUCGUGACUGCACUAUCUGCUAUAUUCUUUCUGUUCUUCCAAUUAGGAGCUUGAAAUUGUUGGCUUAAUCUUUCUUUUUUUGUUUUUUUUUUAUUGUUUUUUGGCAAAAUAAGUUAAGAACGUUUGAGGUGAAAUUAGAGUUGCAUUUUCCAUUUACACCCCUCAGCAAAGGCUUAUUAUCAGGAAUUGUAUUCAGAGA